AUGAGUGUUCCUGAAGAAAAACUUCAUGUUGAACAUGAUGAAUCUUUAACAAAAGAAUCAACUCAACAUACAACAAAUCAAGGUGGGAUUUUAAAAACUGAAGAUGCAGGUUCAACUUCAUCAGAUUCUGGUGCUUCACCAACUGAAGAAAAUAAUAUCUUGACUCAAUAUGAUCUUGAACAAGUUAUGCAAAUGGGUAGAAAUUUUGCAUUAAAACAUGAUUUCCAAGAUGUUGAAUUAUUUGCAAGAGGUGCCGCUUUAGCUCGUAAUCCAAAAGAUUAUAAUCGUAUGCCAUUUUUAUCUGAUGAAGAAAAAGAAGCUGUUUAUAAUGAAAUUCAUCAUCCUUGGAGAAUUCCUUUUAAAUUAAUUCAAGUUAUUAUUUCAAUUUCUCUUUGUGCUGCUACUCAAGGUGCUGAUGAAACUGUUAUUAAUGGUGCUUUAUUAUUUUAUCCUGCUUAUAUGGGUAUUGCAAAUGGUGAUCAACGUUCAAGAUGGUUGGAAGGUUUAGUUAAUGGUGCACCAUAUUUAUUCUGUGCUGUUGUAGGGACAUUUAUUACUGAUCCUGCAAACAAGAGAUGGGGUCGUAAACAAGUUAUCUUUUGGUCAUGUUUUGCUUCUUCAAUUACUGUUUUUUGGCAAGGUUUUACAAAUACUUGGUAUCAUUUAUUUAUUGCAAGAGCUUGUUUAGGUGCUUUUGGUAUUGGUCCAAAAUCUGCUACUGUCCCAGUUUAUUCAUCUGAAGCUGCUCCUGCACCAAUUAGAGGUGCUUUAACUAUGUUGUGGCAAUUUUUUACCGCUUUUGGUAUCAUGUUGGGUUAUGUUUUCUGCUUAGCUUUCUAUCAUAUUCCAGAUCGUGGUAUUGGUGGUGGAUUAAAUUGGAGAAUUAUGUUGGGAUCUGCCAUGAUUCCUGCUACAAUUGCUUUGUUCCAAAUUCCUUUCAUUCCAGAAUCUCCACGUUGGUUAAUGGGUAAAGGUCGUUAUAUGGAGGCUUUUAAAUCAUUAAGAUCAAUUCGUAAUCAUGAAAUUAGUGCAGCAAGAGAUUUAUUUUAUCAAUAUGUCUUGUUACAAGAAGAAGAAUCAUUUGAAGCUCCUUUCACUCAAAAAGUUAAAGAAUUGGUUACAGUUAGAAGAAAUAGAAAUGCAACAAUUGCAUCAUUUAUUGUUACUUUUAUGCAACAAUUUUGUGGUAUUAAUGUUAUUGCUUAUUAUUCUUCAACAAUUUUUGUUAAUGCAAAUUUUAGUAAAAUUUCUGCAUUAGGUGCAUCUGUUGGAUUUGGUGCAAUUAAUACAAUUUUCGCCUUGCCAGCUUUUUUCACAAUUGAUCAUUAUGGUAGAAGAUUCUUGUUGUUAUUUACAUUCCCAUUCAUGUCUGCAUUCUUAUUUUUAACUGGGUUUUCAUUUUGGAUUAAUGGUGAUACUUCACCAGAUGGUCGUAUUGGUGCAAUUACAUUAGGUAUUUAUCUAUUUACAAUAUUCUAUUCAUUUGGUUCAGGUGUUGUUACAUUCCCAUAUACAGCUGAAUGUUUCCCAUUAUAUAUUAGAACUUUAGGUACAUCAAUUAUGAUUGGUAAUUUAUGGUUUUGGAAUUUUGUUCUAGCAAUUACAUGGCCAUCAUUAUUAGAUGCUUUCAAAGCACAAGGUGCAUUUGGUUGGUAUGCAGGUUGGAAUGUUAUUGGAUUUUUCCUUGUUUUAUGGUUUUUACCAGAAACUAAAUCAUUGACUUUAGAAGAAUUGGAUGAAGUUUUCGAUCAACCUUUAUUAGUUCAUGCAAGAUGGCAAACUGUUGAAUUAUGGCAUCAAAUUAAAGUUAAUGUCUUUAGAAGUAAAAAUGUUGUUAGACAAGAACCUUUACAUAAACAUCAUAGAUUGGCUGUUACAAAUAAAUCAUGGGAUGAUAAACCAGAUGUUGAACAUAAAGAUUGA